AAAUAUACAGAAACUAAAGAAGCCCUAUCAAUUGUGUUGUAUUUAAGGCAAAACCCUAAGGGAUACACUUUUGACUCAGCCGUCCGUUUUGCAGAAACCAAUUUGGAGUUGCACAGCUGAGGAGGACGACGAUGGCCCCAAAGAAAGGAGUGAAGGUAGCUGCCAAGAAGAAGACGGAAAAAGUUACGAACCCUCUAUUCGAGAGGAGGCCUAAGCAAUUCGGUAUUGGUGGAGCUUUGCCUCCCAAGAAGGAUCUUACUCGGUACAUCAAAUGGCCAAAGGCAAUCCGUCUUCAAAGACAAAAGAGGAUCCUUAAGCAGAGGUUGAAGGUUCCUCCAGCUCUUAACCAAUUCACCAAGACUCUUGACAAGAAUCUCGCAACUAGCCUCUUCAAGAUCCUUCUAAAGUACAGGCCAGAAGACAAAGCUGCCAAGAAAGAGCGUCUUGUAAAGAAGGCUCAAGCUGAAGCCGAGGGAAAGCCUUCUGAAUCCAAGAAGCCUAUUGUUGUGAAGUAUGGCCUUAACCAUGUGACCUACCUCAUCGAGCAGAACAAGGCACAGCUUGUUGUCAUUGCUCAUGAUGUCGACCCAAUCGAGCUCGUCGUCUGGUUGCCUGCUCUCUGCAGGAAGAUGGAAGUCCCUUACUGCAUUGUCAAAGGGAAAUCUCGUCUUGGAGCGGUCGUUCACCAAAAGACUGCCGCUUGCUUGUGUUUGACCACUGUCAAGAACGAGGACAAGCUAGAGUUCAGCAAAAUCCUUGAGGCCAUCAAGGCCAACUUCAACGACAAGUACGACGAGUACAGAAAGAAAUGGGGAGGAGGCAUAAUGGGAUCCAAAUCUCAAGCCAAGACAAAGGCCAAGGAAAGGGUUCUUGCAAAGGAGGCUGCCCAGAGGAUGACUUAAGAAGGAUCUCUUUGUGUGUUUUGCUCAAAAGCCAUAUGCUCGGAUUCGUAAAACUUCAUAGAGAGCUUUUUUGUUUAGCUGUUUCUUUUUAGUUGAACCCCCUCGUUUAUGGAUAUUUGCACUUUCUUCAGACGGUUUCUAUGUUGUUUAAGCUUUUUAUCCCCUUGCUCUCUCAACUUCUUAAACUUAACAUUUGAUAAUGAAACUUCUGUAUCAUCGAGGCUAAAUUUUGCUUU